UUUACGCGCUCACCGAGACUCGCUCAUGCGCACGUCCCGCAUACAGCGGUGCCGUGCCGUUAUUCCAGUCUCCGUAGAAACGCUCGGACUAUGGCGGAGCCGACUGGGCUGUCGGAGAUGUCCGAGCUCCCCGGAGACAGCAGUGUCCCACAGGUGGGCACAGCGAGUGGCGUCACCGACGUACUGCGGGGGGCAGUCGGCGGCGGGGUUCGGGUGCAGGAGGCCCGGGAAGGCCCAGUGGCCGAAGCUGCGCGGUCCAUGGCGCGGGUGCCGGGCCCUGUGCCCGGGCCCACCCGCAGCAGCGUCCCGGGCCUAGCGCCCGCGCCAGACCCCCAUCAGCAGCUCACUUUCUUAGAAAUUAACCGGCAGCUGUUGUUCCGCGAGUAUCUGGAUGGUAGCCCCAUGAUUCCGGUCAGAUUACUACGGGAUUUCGAGGAACGCCGCAGGCUGUUUGUGGAAGCCUGCAAGGCGAGGGAAGCAGCCUUUGACGCGGAUCCCCCGCAGAUGGACUUCGCUGCUGUCGCGUUUACGGUAGCGCUGACUGCCUCCGAGGCCCUCAGUCCUCUGGCCGACUGAGUCGGCUGUAAUGAUGAGAUUGGUGGCAAGGAAUAGCCAAGUGACCCUUUUCGGAUCAAAAGAACAGGCAGGCUGUGCCAGUUUAGUUAACUCAGUCAUUAGGGGGAAUGCAAACUGGAAGGGAAUACGGCAAUGUGCAAAUGAAGGAGGAAGCAGACUCCGAAAUGGAAACAGACAAGACUGUUGAAUCUUGUUUUCUUUCUUCUUUUUUAGUAUUAUUUAAAUAGAGAAGGGAGUCUCGCAUCCCUAGGCUGGUCCCGAACGCUUGGACCCCAGCGAUCCUCCCGCUUCGGCCUCCCAAAGUGCUGGGAUUACUUUACAGGCGUGAGCCACCGCUCCCGGCCGAAUCUUGUUUUCAAACAGGUCCCAAGACACUUCUGACUUAACACUUUGUUAGCAAUGCAUUUUCCUGCAUUUGUGAAGAAUUCUUCAUGACUUUCACCAUAAAGGAUGGUUUUGCAAAGAUCUGAGAAAAAAAAAAUGCCAAUAAUAGAACCCAUAGAAAUGAACCUAAGUGAUGAAAGAAAACAAAGAAAUAGAGUUGUCAGGAAUCCAGGUGUACCUGAGUUACUAGGAUUGGAAGGCUAUUGAGAGGACUUUGAAAUUUCACAAUUUGUGGUCAUGUCAACAAAUCCUAGUGUAAGAUUCAUAUUUGUGUUUUCUGAGGUACUUUAGAUUAACAGUAAAUAUUCAAUAGAAAAAGAGCCACGUAUUCUAUGAUCAACGUUUUCAAGUCUGUGAAAUUGGGUAGGUGUGGAAUAAACUUGUUCUUUGUUAAUUUUAAGCUUUUUAUUUGAUUCUAGAAUAUGUAUUCUAUUCACAAGACUCAAAAAUAUAAUAAAGUAUCGGCCGGGCGCACUGGCUCACGCCUGUAAUCCCAGCACUUUGGGAGGCCAAGGCGGGUGGAUCACCUGAGGUCAGGAAUUCAAGACCACCCUGGCCAACAUGGUGAAACCUCAUCUCUACUAAAAAAUUAGCUGGGUGUGGUGGCACGCGCCUAUAGUCCCAGCUCCUCGGGAGGCUGAGGCAGGAUAAUCACUUGAACCUGGGAGGCGGAGGUUGCAGUGAGCCCAGAUCACGCCACUGCACUCCAGCCUGGUCAACAGAGUGGGACUCCGUCUCAAAAAAAAGAAAAAAAGUAUCAAAAGAUGCUGUGAGAAAUCUCUCUUGUUGCUGUCCUUUGCCAAACUCAGAACUAUUCCAUGCAGGUGUCAUUGCUUGUGGCCUGGAGUUUUGUUGUUGUUUUCUUGGUUUUGCUUGUUUUUUGCUUUUUCACUGUAUGCCUUUCAAGUUUUCUAAUGUAUAUGCAAAUAAACAUCAAUCUAAAUAUUG